UUGGCUUAAAUCGUAUUUAAUGUCCACAGGGCUAUUUAUUUAAAAAUACGAUUGAAAAACGAUGAGGUCGGUAUGCUUUCAUAUAUUUGCCGUAUUUUUGUUUACUGUAGUUAUAACUUUUAUUUAUAGAUAAUGUUUUUAAUGACUUAACACAAAUUAAGCAAUAUUUUAUAUCUUUAUACGAAUCGUAAAAUUAAAUAAUUUCGUUUCUGCGUUUAGAUUUAAAGAUGUUAACUUUUUUUUGUUCAGGCAAACUUCUGGUCGCCCAUUCCGAGGAUCCCGUCAGGGUCCUUGACGUGGCAUUAAUAAACAAUCAUGGCAGACUCUAGGAGUUUCCGUGAAUUUUGGGCAGAAUUUCGGGUCAUUUCCUAGCUUUAUGACAUAUUCCCUCCUCCGCUGAAUUAUUCUUCAAUGUGUACGGCUCCAACAUGAGCAGCUGGGCGGGAUUCUCCGACGAGGAGCUGCGGAAGAUGCAGCAGAAAGAUUCGGCUGUAACCGCAGCGGCCAGCCGCGCUCGGAAGCCGCCUGCCUCCAGCCGGAGUCGGCAGCAGCUGCAGCGAGAGAGGGUCCUGCACCUGUCCGUUCAGAAGAGCGCUCAGCUUGGAACCGCGGCUCUCCCGCCGGAGCAGCAGCUCCAGCAGCCGCUUCCAAGUCCGAAGGAGGAGGUUCAGCCCGCCGCCGGGUCAGGACCUGCUCAUCCUGCCCCCACUGUCAGCCCGGAUGAACCGCAGAUCCAACCGAAUGAGAACCAUCAUGUGGGUGCACAGGAGGAGACCCCCGCAGUGAAGGAGCUGGAGCAACGGGAGGCGGAAGUGCGAGAAAAGACCCGCCUGGAGCAACUGCAGCAGGAGCAGAAGCUCAUCGAAGAGAAGAACAAACGUAAAAAAGCGCUGCUGGCAAAAACAAUCGCAGAGAAAUCCAAACAGACUCAAGCCGAGGCUGUGAAGCUAAAGCGGAUUCAGAAGGAGCUGCAGGCGCUCGAUGACAUGGUGUCCAACGACAUCGGCAUCCUCAGGGGGAAGAUCGAGCAAGCCAGCUGGGACUACAGCUCUGCCAGGAAGCGUUUCGAGAAGGCAGAAGCCGAGUACGUCUCGGCCAAACUGGACCUGCACAGGAAGACGGAGGUGAAGGAGCAGCUGACGGAGCACCUGUGCGCCAUCAUCCAGCAGAACGAGCAGCGCAAAGCCCGCAAGCUGGAGGAGCUGAUGCAGCAGCUGCAGCUGCAGGCCACCGAGGAGGAGGAAGAGGAGGAGAGGAGGAGAAACGGGGAGGACGCAAAGACCAAAGAGAAGAGCGACUCGUCUGAGAAGCAGGAGCUGAAGGAGCAGGAACCAAAAGACUGUGGAGUCUCAGAGGAGCAGACUGAGGAGAGCUGUGCUCCGGCUGAAGCUGUGGACUCCUGACGCUCACAGAGCUGCCUGUCCAGAAUCUUCCUCUAUUUAGAUUUUUUAAAAUCAAGCAUCUGCUUAACAAAAAUACUGUUCAAACGCAGCAAGUUGGACCACAAAAAACAACAAGGUUAUGGAAAAGACCUGGAUUUAGAACCAGGUUGUGGUCCUGGAAGUUUUUCAAUCUUCCACUUAAAGGUGAACUGUGGUUUCAGCUGCAUGCUCCAACAAGCUCUACUCCAGUUUAUAUGUUUCUGUGAUGGAACACGCCUCUAGAAAUGUCGUGACGGUCAGUAUUUUCUCUGUUUCUGGCAAUCAGUGAAGCAGCGCUCUUUUCUGUUUAAGACUUGGAAUAACCCAUCCAGCCUUCUUUAAUUCAAGACCGGAUUACAUCCUGGAUGAUUCAACCUUGAGCUACGUUCACACCGCCCUCGGCAACGGCCGUUCAAGCGCCCACUUCCAAUGAGAAGUCUAUGUAAACGUGCAUAAAUAUGCAAUCGGGCUUCUGCGUUCAAAACUCUCAUGGUUCUAAGACUGUUUUCAAACUCUACGGACAAAAUAUGUUCAACCAGUAGAACUUGGAUUUGGUAACGACGUAUGGAUGGCAUCCCUUUCAAUUCACAGAACUGUUUGAAAAUCAAUCACUGAGACGAAAUUAAUAAUUGGCUGGAAUUCUAUGACACCAAGUCUUUUAUAUAUCAGAACAGAGCUAUGAAAGAAAAAGCCUGGAGCAAGAUUAGAGAGAUUUCCUCCGCUUUGACUUUCAGCACCAAGUCAGCUGUAGGUGGCGGACAUGCACUAGCAAACUAGAACAGAAAAAGUUACUCACACUGCUUGACCAGUGUGAACACUGUGGGCUAAAUGUGCCUUCUUUAACAGGUGUCACAUACGUUAUAUAAACAUUGCUUUUGAUUUCUGCAGAACAUUGUUUAUUUAUAAAAACUCUAAAGACACUAGUUGGAGGGAGAAGUUUAGGUAUAAAUGUGAACACUAGGAGGAUUUUUUUUCAGUCACUUUUUUCCAAUUUUUUUGAGGAGUUUCCAUGACGUUAAAAACCCACUCCGAUGAAAAUGACGUUUUUUUACACGUUCUUGUCGCUUUUUUCUAAUUUAUAAAGAAAAUGUAUGCUUAAACUAUGUUUCUAAAAAUGUCUUUAUUCAAAUGGUUGUGCAUCAGGAGCAGAUGAGAAAAUGCUGUUUGAAAAUAGAAAAUGCAUUGGGCCAACGGUCCCAUCCAAAACUGAGAGGUGAAUUUCUGAUGAACUCCUGCCGCUCUGCAGAAACUAUGUCCCAGAAAACUACACAAGUUUCUUGAUUUUUGGCUAAAAACAACAUAAUCAUGACUAGAAGAUGACAGAGAACACUUCUUCAAUAGAGCCAAAGAUGAUCAGAGAGGGACUUUAAAAUCAUUUUAGGCUUUAAAAAUUCAGAAAUUCUGGAUCGGUCUGAAUUUAGCUUUUCAAGCUGUUCCUAAGGAUGUUUUGGACCAAGUUUCAGGUUCAUCUGUGCAGCUUCUGUGAAUCUGAACUCAUUGGUCACAAACCCGCCUCCUGAGCCGCUAAGCUGCAGAACAACAUCAAACCAGCAUCAUCCAGAACCACUGACUGUGUGAAAAAACGGCUUUAUUCCAGGUCUGACCAAAUGAAAUCAAUUCAGUCGCCAUUUUUUCGUGAUAUUAACGCCAACAUGUUGGAGCCAGAAAUUGUCAGUACGCUGUGAUUGGUCCAACUCUAUCUGAGUCAACAUUUCUAUGGCAAUCAGUCUCGCCAAUCAGGUUUGAGCUUCCUAGAAGGCCACACCCCUUCCACUAGAUUAUUAAGAACAAAAAAAAGAGGAACAAGAAUGGUUCUUCUGACCAAAGAAUGAUUGACUAAUAGCUGUUUAUUUCUCUGUGGAAGUCUAUAAGAUUUUGGCUUCUUGGAGCCACUUCCUUUAUGGAAUCCCAGGGGAGGGGUCACUCUGUCCAGUUCUCAUAUACAGUCAAUCUCCUGUGAUGUGAAGGCAGAGAAGUAUGCGUCACUUCACUUCCUGGAAGGCGUUGGUUUCAUGUAAAGCGGCGCCGUGACUCCUUUCUCGAGUUUCAGCUGCAGACUCACCUUUUCUGAACGAUCUGUCAGAAAUAAUAAAUGACUCUGUAAGUCGGAACUGUUCCAGCAGAGUUUGACCUAUUAGUUUGUGUUUGAAUGGGGUAAAUAUUUAUGGUGAACUGCAGUGAGAUAUUUUGCUAAAAUAAACUGUAAAGCAAGUC